AUGGACAAAAGACCCAAACAAGCCAGUCAUUUCAUGGUCAUUUUCUCGGUGUCAUUUUAUCUCACAACCGCACUUGUUAUGGUUUUUGUAAAUAAGGCAAGGCUUCAACAGGCAAAGAAAGAACCAAAUGCAAUAGAUUGUAUCAUACAUACCUUAGAAGUAGACAGAGAAUAG